UCUCUCUCUCUCUCUCUCUCUCUCUCUCAUUUUCCUCUGUUUCUCUUCCCAGCUAUUUCUUGGAAGAUCUUUCAAUGGCAACAAACCAGAUCAAAAUGGAGCAAAACCCACCUCAGAAAACUCCUAAAACACUUGUUUUGAUCCAAAUCUCUCUCAGAUUUCUGGCUUUUGCAGCUGCGGCUGCUGCCGCCUUGGUCAUGGCCAUGAACAAGGAAACUACCACUGUCUAUGGUAUUACAGUAGAUGCCAAAUACAGCUAUUCUCCUGCCUUCAGGUUCUUUGUGGUUGGAAAUGCUGUUGCAAGUGCCUAUGCUCUGCUUUCUAUCCCUUUUGUUAUCAUCCUCUGCUCCAAAGCCUCAAGUCCAAGCGGCUAUUUCUUCCUGUUUUUGUUUGAUCAGUUGGUGAUGUUGUUGGUGGUUGCAGCAGCUUCAGCUGCAACAGCCGUAGGAUAUGUGGGGAAGAAAGGAAAUUCACAUGCUGGGUGGGCCCCAAUAUGUGGUUAUUUUGAAAAGUACUGUGACAAGGCUGGGGGCUCUCUUUUCUGCUCGUUUGUAGCUCUCAUUGUAUACUUGCUGCUCACUGUUGUGUCGGCUACAAAGGCCAGGGAAGUGCCAGUUUCUAGAUAUUAGAGAGUGUGAAACACCAAAGCUAUGUGGAGCCCACCAUGUUGGAUAUGAAAAUCCACUCCGUCCAUCAGUUGGGAAACCUUUUAUGAACCGUGCAUAAAAAAUAUCAGCCUAAUAAAUAGUGUAAAAUUACUCCUAAACCUCAUAGUUUACCUAGUGUGGCCCACCUAAGUUUUGGGUCGGGCUUAUUUUAGAAUAUUCAUUUGAUCCUGAUGA